AUGCACUCCCUAACGGGCAUCUCAAGUCUUCCCGGUGAGCUCUUCCUGACUAUAUCUGAACACAUCCUCCGGGUCCUAUCUCCCGACUGCUCGUUUGCUGUCGACAACCUCUCAUCUGCUGCACCUCCACAGCACAAGAUGUCAUCCCGUCGAGGCAGCAUGUCCUCCAUUCACACCAAGCAGUCGGACAGGUCCGAAAAAAGCGACGCCGCGGCCCAGAAGCCAGCGUCGAAGCUGCGUUGGUACUCGGAGGACGACACGCCCAGGGAGCGGAGGUUCAUCGCCAAGCUCGACAUCAUCCUGAUCCCGUACGUGUUUCUGGCCUACGCAGUCAAGGCCAUCGAUGGCGUCAACCUCAGCAACGCCUACGUCGCCGGCAUGAAGGAGGAUCAGCGGUUUUUCGGUAACGAGCUCGUCCAGCUGCAGACCAUUUACACCCUCGGCGCCGUGCUGGGCAUGAUUCCGUUCAUCUACUUCUUCACCAGCCUUCCGAUGCAGUGGUCGAUCCCGAUGAUGGAUGUAUUUCGUGCCUUGUUCACCAUGUGCCAGUGCCGGUCUGAUAGUUAUGCCGAGUUGGCUGCGUAUCGUUUUUGUAUCGGCUUUUUCGAGGGUGCUUUUUACCCUGCCAUGAGUUAUGUUCUUGGGUCAUGGUACCGCGGAAGUGAACUUGCCCGUCGAGGUGGUCUGUCGGCGAUAGGAGUCAACGUGGGCAACAUGUCGGCCGGCUUGAUCGCAGCAGGCGUGACACAGAAUCUUCAGGGCUUCGCCGGCAUUGCGGCCUGGCGCUGGAUAUACAUUAUUUCUGGCAUCAUCACUUUCCCCGUAGCCAUCAUGGGCUUCUUCCUGCUGCCCGGCACAGUCGCCAAGCCGAACCGAUGGAUCCUGGCCGACGAAGAUAUCGAAACGGGCAAGAAGCGUCUCGAACGGGACGGCCACGUCGUCGCCGGCAAAUUCAACCUCGCCAUUCUCCCCAAGAUCCUCAACCCGAAGAAUGUACGUUUCUGGACCGUCGUUCUGGUGAACCUGCUCUUUUGGAACGCCGGUAUCCACAAGAGCACCGGUGGCUAUCUCCUCUGGAUCAAGAGCUUGAACCGUUACAACGCCACCGAGAUCAACCAACUUGGCUCGAUCGCGCCGGCGCUGGGUAUCGCCUACACGCUGAUGGCCAGUUUCGCCUCGGACAUGUUCUUGGGCCCCAUGUGGACCAUCAUUGCCGCGUCGCUUUUCAACGCGACCGGGCUCGUCAUCCUGACCAUUUGGGACGUACCCGAGGGGGCUCUGUGGUAUGCGUUUUCGACCAUGUUUUGGUCCAGCUCAAUCUCUGGAGUCUUGGGUGGAUGGGUCAACUCGUUGCUUCGCGAUUCGCCUUCGGAGCGGUCGUUUACCAUCAUCAUGGUCACCAUCAUCUCGCAGCUGACCGUCGCCGGCACGCCUCUGUUGACCUUUUCGACCGUCGAGGGCCCCAGGUACCCCAAGGGUUAUGCGUUCUGCCUCGGCUGUGCUUUGGCGUUGAUUGUUGUCGCUUACGUUGUGAAUCUGUACAUGAAGCGGGAGGAGGAACAGAAAGCAGCAGUUGAGCGAAGGUUGGAGGAGGGGAUUCAAGAAAAGAUUGACGACUUUGACAGACCGUACACGUCGUAUUCUAUUAUGACGACGGCCUCGAAGGCCCAUGAGACGCAGCAGGCUGCAGGGAACGGUCAGGAACCUGGAAAAAUUCCCACAACAGAGAUCCCCAGGAGGAUCGUCAAUUAUUCAACUAAUUUCAAGGCCACCGCGCCGGCCCGGGUGGGACCUAUUAAGCCGUACACUCCUCUAUAG